AACGCCGGGAGUCGCGGGCUGGCGGGAGGGGGCGUCGGCCACUACAUAGAGGCUCCUCCCACGGUGACCACACUGGCUGCUUUCGUCUCCUCUCGUGACAGGUGCUCGGUUGGUUUGUCCUGUCACAGCGAGGUAUGAGUCGUCCUCGCGAGAACUGUCUACACGCAGAGCAAGGCCGAGGGUUGGCGUUCGGGGCUUCUCAAGAACCAGUGCCCUAAGGACUUUCGUUGUGUAUGAGGUCCGGAAGAGCAGGGACGCUGAGGCCAGACCGCUGCCUCUUCCCAGAGCUCAUCGCCCAGGCUGUGACCUUGGUGGCUUCCUGCCUGGCCCGGCGCCAUGCACACGCUUGUGUUCCUGAGCACUCGGCAGGUGCUUCAGUGUCAGCCAGCUGCCUGCCAGGCCCUGCCCCUGCUGCCUCGAGAGCUCUUCCCCCUGCUGUUCAAGGUGGCCUUCAUGGACAAGAAGACUGUUGUGCUUCGCGAGCUGGUGCACACGUGGCCCUUCCCGCUGCUCAGCUUCCAGCAGCUGCUGCAGGAAUGUGCCCACUGCAGCCGGGCCUUGCUGCAAGAACGCCCCAGCACAGAGAGCAUGCAGGCUGUGAUCCUGGGGCUGACAGCCCGGCUCCACACCCUAGAGACCGAGGAUGGCACACAGCCUCUCUGCAGCCUACCCGUGCUCCCAGGAAGCAUGCCCUGCGGGUGCUGGACAUGACGGGCCUACUGGAUGACGGCGUGGAGCAGGAUCCUGGCACCAUGAGCAUGUGGGACUGCACAGCAGCUGUGGCCCGCACCUGCAUAGCCCAGCAGCAGGGCGGGACUACAGAUCCUAGGCCGGCCCCCAUUCCUGUGGAGGUUCGUGUGGAUCUGCGGGUGAACCGGGCCUCUUACGCCUUCCUGCGUGAGGCGCUCCGGAGCAGCGUGGGCAGUCCCCUGCGGCUCUGCUGCCGCGACCUGCGGGCUGAGGACCUGCCCAUGCGCAACACCGUGGCUUUGCUGCAGCUGCUGGACGCCGGCUGCCUGCGCCGCGUGGACCUGCGCUUUAACAACUUGGGCCUUCGUGGCCUGUCCGUUAUCAUUCCGCACGUGGCCCGCUUCCAGCACCUGGCCAGCCUGCGGCUGCACUAUGUGCACGGGGACUCGAGGCAGCCCUCUGUGGACGGUGAGGACAACUUUCGUUACUUCCUGGUCCAGAUGGGCCGCUUCAGUUGUCUGCGGGAGCUCAGCAUGGGCUCCUCUCUUCUCUCAGGAAGGCUGGACCAGCUGCUCAGCACCCUGCAGAGCCCCUUGGAGAGCCUGGAGCUGGCCUUCUGUGCCCUGUUGCCUGAGGAUCUGCGCUUCCUGGCACGGAGCCCCCAUGCUGUCCACCUCAAGAAGUUGGACCUUAGUGGCAACGACCUGUCUGGCAAUCAACUGGAGCCUUUCCAGGGUCUGUUGCAGGCAGCGGCAGCCACACUGCUGCACCUUGAGCUGACUGAGUGCCAGCUUGCUGAUACCCAGCUGCUGGCCACGCUCCCGGUGUUGACGCGCUGUACCAGCCUCCGCUACCUCGGUCUCUAUGGCAACCCCUUGUCCAUGGCAGGCCUCAAGGAGCUCCUGCGGGAUUCAGUGGCACAGGCUGAGCUCCGCACGGUGGUGCACCCCUUCCCUGUGGACUGCUAUGAGGGUUUGCCCUGGCCACCGCCUGCCUCUGUCCUGCUGGAAGCUUCCAUCAAUGAGGAAAAGUUUGCUCGUGUGGAGGCGGAGCUGCACCAGCUGCUACUGGCAUCAGGCCGUGCUCAUGUGCUCUGGACCACAGACAUUUAUGGGCGCCUAGCGGCGGACUACUUCAGCCUAUGACCACCAGGCUGUCCUGGUGUUCGGGGCUGCCGAAGACCCUUCCCUGCCUUAGGUAGACAGAGUCUUUGCGGGGACACCGAGGCGCAAAGCAUCAUGCGAGGUUUGCCCUGUACCUGUUCCCUGAAUGGCUGACUGUGGUCUUAGAGGCUGGAUGCCAGGCCUGUAAGGCCAGGCUUGGUUUGGGUGCACUUGGCUGCCCUCUGGUGUCCUGGUCCUCUCUUUGGAAUGUUUCGGGGGUCCCAGCUGUGAGCCCAGAGAGGGUGUUCUGUCUGGACCCUUCCCAAGAACAAACUGCUCUGGGGUUGAAGUUGGAACAGGGACCUGCUUCAAGGGGGGUUGGGUCUCCAGGCACUGGGGCCUUUCAUGGUUCUCUCUGCCCUGGCACCCGGGAGACCACCUGACUGGGCUUUGGAGCCAGAGGGUGUCAUUAAGGUACAAAUGAGCAGUGUGUUUGGAACGUAAA